GGUGGCUCUCGCCAAGUCACAUCCCCGUCGUCGAAAGGCUCCUUUUACGUGGCCGACUAUAAAGUUGUUCUGGUAACCGCGCGCCCGCCUCAGAAACACUCCACCCUCGAACGAGUAGCUCGACCAGCUUUCUCGCCAUGAAAGUGCAUGUUUUAUUGUUGAUGGCACUUCCUAUGUGCCUGGCUGAAUUCUCAAUCCAGGGACCUAGCGACGGGCAUCGACGGGCCCAGGGUCUUAAGUUCAGUGAGGAGAAAGGAAUCGAAUACACAGAUGCAAGCGAAGGAGGGGGUGCUGGAGAUUUUACCAUUCAAGGGGCGACCGACGGUAACAGCAAUUUUAGAAUCCAAGGUGCUACCGAUGGGCACUCGAACUUUGAGAUUCAAGGGCCCACGCACGGUGGAGCGGCUACUUAUAAUAUACAAGGGGCGACCGAUGGACACAGCCAGUCCGUAAUUCAGGGACCUUACGAUGCUAAUCAGGGUAACGCGAAGGCGCUCGAAUAUAACGAUCCUAGCGGUUACAGAGUAAAUUGGAGAUCGUACGACCGUCAAUCGCGUCCGCAAGCGCAGACGGAAACGCAGUACGCAACUCAAGCCGCGGCACCAAUUCAGCACGCCGCACCUCGACAGCGAGCGUAUCGGCCGCAACCGCAACCGCAAUCGCAACCGCAGCCGCAGCCGCAAGCACAGGCCGCUCCACAGUACAAGCCUUACUCCAAUGCACCUCAGCAAAUCCAGCAGCUGCUGCAGUUCCAACAGCAAAUUCCAUACAUCAAUAUAAUUCCGGAACCGUACAGAUUCGACGAAGCGGCCGCUGUGCAGGCUCAGUCCCAGCAGGUCCGAGAGCAUCUCCGGCAGUUGGCUCAGGAAGCCGCGGCUGCGCCCGCACCAGUGCCGGUAUCGGCGCCCGCGUAUGCGCCGGACCGGCGUCCCAAGUCGCGUGGUCAAUCGAGAAGUAAACGUCAAACGCAUCCUCAACAACAGCAGCAGCAGUACCGCAGGAUAUCCCAGCCGCCCGUGGAACCGCAGCCACAGUAUUCGACCAAUCUGCCGUCCCAUCUCCGCGAAUUGCUCAGAUAUCAGGCGCAGACGCCGUACAACAUCAUCGCCAACCAGAUCGUGUACCGUCCGGAUAAACCGUACGUACCCCAUCGCGUGGACCCGCCGCAGCAGCAACCGAUACAGCAAGCGCAGUAUCAAGGUCAGGGUGGCGCUUAUCAGACUCAAGGUAAUCCGUACACGCAGGCUCGUGUACAACCCGCGUAUGAUCCGAGCCAGCAGUAUCAGCAGUCUGGCUACAAUCAACAACUUGGGUAUAAUCAACAGCAGUCUGGCAUACGACCCGUCUCUGAGAAUCAGUACUGAUUGUUUCGAUCGACUGUAUACAGUGAUUACUGUGCUUUGUUUUUAUCGGCAGAGAGAAAUGGAAGCUUAAUUUGAGAAGGAGACUGAGUUUCAAUUUGUAAUGCAAAUUAUAUGACUGCAUUUUUUAAUUAUUUAUAAUUAUUAAAACAAGAUUUUUUAAUUAAUCCUGAAGGGGAGCAAAAAAAUAUUUUUAUUUUCGAGGUGUGUGUUUGUUAAUUUUAUUAAAAAAAAAUUAUAAACACAAUAUUUUUUAUAUACAGCAAAUGAGAUUUAAUGGAAAUUAAUACUUUGAAAUGUUCUAAAAAAGUUUUGCUUGGUCUUGCUAGAAUAAAGGCGUGGUACGAGAAAAAUGAUCUACUUAAUAUAAUAAAUGUUAAUAAUACAGAUAUCUAUGUUUAAAUGAUACGAUAAUUAAUGCAAUGUGAGAAUCUUAGUUUAUUACCGUUCAAGUUUAACAUUAUAUGAAAUAAACAUAUAUAUAACUUUUUUUAUUUUUUUUUAAUUUUAUCAAAACUUUAUGAAGUUUUGAGAGAAAUGUUAAGAUUAUUUUACUUUUCUUUUAUUCGACUUGUGAAAAAUAAUGUGCGAAAGCGUUCCACCUCGCGGCCUUCAAUAUUCCAUGAACCUGUACUCGAGAAAGUAUAUUUUUACCGUGUGAACGACCGGAAGUCUCGAUAUAUCGAGACUGAGAUAUAACGCGUAUACCGUUCGAGAAUCAAUUUUUUUUUUUCUUGCACAAUGAAAGGAGAGUGCAAUGGCAAAGCCAAUCGUUGCACACGAAUGCAUCAAUAUACUGAUACGAAUUCCAAUAUAUAAGUAUGUACGAUGUAGAAAUAUAUUAUAAGAGUUUAUAUAUGUUUUUUUUACAUCUUUGAAUAAAACAUUUACGGAUAUACUUUUUUUCCCAAA